AUGGAGCUGGCGCGUGCCGUCACGACGGGAAUCCUACUCGGUCUCAUCAACAUGGCGACGAUCGGCGGCAACGUGCUCGUGCUGCUCGCCGUCUUCGUUAACCGUCACCUGCGCAGCGCGACGCACUACUUCAUCGCCAACCUCGCCAUUGCCGACCUGCUGCUCGGCACCGCCGUGCUGCCGUUCAGCGUCAGCCUCGAGAUCACAGACCGUUGGCUGUUCGGCUCCUUCUUCUGCGACAUCUGGGCGGCAAUCGACGUGCUCUGCUGCACGGCGUCCAUCAUCAGCUUGUGCGUCAUCUCCGUCGACCGCUACAUCGGCGUGACGCGCCCGCUCAGCUACUCGUUCAUUAUGACGCCACGAAAGGGACUCGCCGUCAUCGCCGUCGUGUGGAUCGUGUCCGUGUUGAUCUCCAUCGGGCCGCUGAUGGGCUGGAAGAAGCCGACGCUGAAGCCGUACGAAUGCGGCCCCGUAGAGGACCUCGACUACGUUCUCUUCUCGGCGUCGGGCUCCUUCUACAUCCCGCUCGUCAUCAUCCUGCUUGUCUACUACCGCAUCUACCUGGAGGCGGUGCGCCAGAGCAAGUUUCUCGCCAGCGGCGUCAAGGUGUCGAAGAAUUACGGCGGCUCGCAGGCCAACUCGACACAGGUCGUGCUGCGCGUGCACACGGGGAAGAAGUGCGGAGCGGCGACGUUGGCGGUGGCGGGAGCGCACGGCAACGACGCUAACAACACCGAGCUGAGUCCCCGCAAGACGACGAUCGCCGCCAAGCUGAGCUACAAGUUCGCGCGGCAGAAGAAGGCGGCGAAGACACUCGGUAUCGUUGUCGGCGUCUUCAUACUCUGCUGGCUGCCGUUCUUCGUCAUUUUGCCGUUGGGUAAGCUUGCCGCGCGCUCGCGUUGA